AUGCUCCUCUACUGCCUACUCCUGCUGUUGCCCACACUCCUCCACUGCCUACUGCUGUUGCCCAAUGUACUCCUCCACUGCCUACUCCUGCUGUUACCCACACUCUUUUACAGGGGAACACUACAUACCUGCACCAUUCAAACAAAGGAUGGUGCAGAGGUGACCAUGUGUGAAUUUCAAGAUGGUAUCACCCUGCCACAAUUCAAGGUGACAACUCGAGUACUUCAGGCACUUGGACUAUACUCUGAAGAUGACAAAGAGGUGCAAGUCCAAUACUUCAACACAUCUAAGAGCCGAUGGUGCACUGGUCCAGCAAGGGCAUGCACUCAUUCUUGGCAGCCACCAAGUAUUGCCAUCACUCCUGAGUUUGAUGAGAUCUUCAAAAGUAACUCUCUUCAUGCUGUUCCCAACAUCUGUACCAAUCUCAAAGCUGAGCAUGCUGCUGUUCAUCUGUCCAACACUUGCAAACAGCUCAGAGCUGCUAGCAUUGUAGCCUCUGAUUCAGAGGAGCCUGAAGAUAUGCGGAAGCAGAAACAUUUGGGUCACUUACUGCAAGGCAAUACUCACCAUGCACACACAAACACAGCCAGCUCCUCAGCUGUUCAUCCCUACUCACCUCAAUUGGUCACUCUCCUGAGGAUGCUGUUGAUGUUGAUGCCUUCAACAAUGUCAGGCCCUGUCAGCUUCUAUGCAUGUGAAAUUGCGGAUGGGUUCAAGAAGUAUGAUAAAUUCUACAGAGUUGGACUGUCCUCCCACGUUGCAUUCUCACUGGUAUUUGGAGAGGGUGUACACUUUCAUCUGUCAACCUUCUCAAAGCAUCAGAAAUGA